UAAUGAUUGUCAUUUUUGUCAUUUUUGUUAAUCGGGUUUUUUCCAUUUUUUGUAUUUUUUUGCACCAAAAUGUCCUCCGGCUACAAAAUGCGAAAACUUUCAGAUGAAGACAAGUAUCAGCAACAGCAAAAACAAUUGGAACGCGAACUGAUUUCGCUUCGUCGCGAGUUUGCCACUUUGGAACGUGAUAGCUCCCAAUUCAACAGUUUGCGAAAACUAAAAAAAUACUCAAAAGUCGUAAACAUAUUCAAAAAUGAGUAUGAAAACAUUGUCACAAAUUUGGAAGUGGCUGCAGCUCCUGGCUACGAACGCAAAGACAAGAUCAUGUAUGAGGAAUUAUCGCAACGCUUGCACGACUACAACUCCUACCACGACAAUGAAAUCCUGAAAAAAACCCAAAUGAAAGAGCUCGAAGACCAGAUACGAAACGUAUCAAAAGCGGUCCAAUCUUUGAGGAAGCAACAAAUCACUGAUCGACAAUUCGAAGACCGAGUCCACAACGCUAGACAAACGCUAGAAACGUUAGAAAACAAACUUGAAACCCAAAUGACCACAUUCAACCUCAUCGUUGCCAAAAACGGGAAAUUGAGAGAAGAAAUUGACCAUCUCUUGUGGGACCGUCGAAAUUUUCUCACCAUCUGGAACCGAUUUAUCGAGAAGUUGAACACCGGGAAAAGAAUUUUGAUUGACAUGAUCGAGCAAGCGACCAUUGCCUAUGACCAAAGAGAAGAGUGGUGUAACAAACUUCAAAUGUUGCGAAGUACUGCCCAUAAAGAUCUCUUAUCAAACAUUGACCAGAUGAGAAGUUACAAGCAAAAAGUUGAUAAUGCCAAAAAACUAGAGGAGUUUUUCACGACUAAAGGCCAAAAACGCGUCAUGAAGGAUUUGAUGGUGAAAGAGCGCCAAAAACGGGAUGAACGCAAGAAGAAGCUUGGGAAAAAAUUGCAACAUUAUGAGGAUUUAAUGAACGAAAUAUUGGAUUUUUCCAAACAUGCUGAAAUCAAAGACAUUGCCCGGAAAUACUACAACAGUGAAGCGCAGAAUUUCAGCACUUUCAGGUUCAUCGCAGAUACAAUUAACAACAUGGAAAUGAUCAAUGACCAGCUCGGAAUCUUGCAUUUAGACAUCGAUGAACUGAAAACAAUGCACGAUCUUCGAGCUGAAACGCAACAAGAAACUCUUGAUAAUUUAGAAACAAAUUUGGUUAAAGCAAGUGAAGUUACAAAAGAAGCAGAACAAGACUUAAAUGAGUUAAACUCUCAUUUAAAAUCGGUGAUGCGAGGAGUGGCAGAUCUGUUCAAAAUGUGUAAAUGUGAGAAAGACCCGCUUUUGAAACUCUUAGGUGACAAUUCCACCAUUCAUGAUUACAACGUUUUGCUGUUUCUUCAAGUUUUGGAACAGACAAUACAAAUGUUUCUUAUUUCAGCUGGUUACAAAGAUAAAAUUCAAGCGGAGAAAAGGUCAUCUGGGAGGACAAAAAUUUUGGCCACUCUCAACACCACUGCUUUUAUUUAUCCAAUUGAACGGAUUGUGCAAGCCGAUCCUUGCUCCUUGUGUGUUGAAUAUGAAAUGGUUUCGGAUGUUAUUGAUGCGGUUCAGCGUCCGUGGAGUAGAAAAGAAGCAAAAGAAAUGCUUCAGCAACGACUGGAAUUGCCAGGUGCUUCAGCAAAGUUACACACAGUUUCAAAGUGCUUUUUGCCUCAAGCUCGACGUAUCAAACAGAAGAAAUUCUGUUAGCCGGAUGAACAUUAGCUUGUUUAAGAAUAAAAAAAAAUA